AGGCGUUUUAGACGAGAAAGCACUAGAGCCAUGGGAGAGGUUGCUUCAAAGGGAAAAGUGCAAGGUGCGGGCAACGCAGGCGGCGCCAUGGGUGGCAGCAUUUCCGGGCAACAGCGCGGCAGGACACAAGUUCUUGCCUCUCCAGCCUACAGAGGAAAUACUGCGUUUAAGGAGGCGUUGCACGUGCCCAUUUUGCCAGGUCCGGACAUGUCCGGGAAGGCUUCUUUGCUCUUCCCGUUGAUGGAUGUUUCUGGAUCUAUGCAUGCCAAGCUCGCUACAGCAAAGGAGCAAAUCUGCAAGCAGUUUGUCGCAAGCACGGAUGCCAACGCAGUGGGCAUGAUGGCAUUUACUACCGAGCCUUAUCUUGUCGUUCCAGUGUCAGGAAUGAGCUCGAAAAGGGACAAAGAAGAAUUUGAGAAGACGGUAAAGUCCUUGUUCAUCCCAUCGCAUUCAGGCACUGACAUUCCAGCUGCUUUGCUUCGCUACUUACAGGAGAUCAAUGCUCUCCUCGAUCGGGUGCCUGCACGUUCUAAGCUGGAAAUGCGGAAGACGAGCUGCGUGGUGAUCACGGAUGGCUUGAACGAAGUGUCAGACGGGACAUGGAACAAAGUGAGCGAGGCAGUGUCAGACACGCGAAGCAGGGCAAAGAAAAAGAGCUGUUACCUGUUCUUUUAUUUGCUGAACCUGCAGUCUUCUGAUGUUGACGAGAAUAUCCUGCAGAGGUUGUCGCAGGUCUUGAGGGCCGAGCGUGCUGCGCGGGCAGGCUUGCAACCGCUCCAGGUGUAUGACACGAUCUCCCAGCACAUGGUCACAGUUGAGAAAUGUGUCAGCCGCAUCUCGCAAGUGAAGGAACAGCUUCAGAAGAUGGACGACGAGAGCAAGGGCCAGAAGGAGCAUCAAACGUUAACCAUGACCGUGAUUGAGACGAGCAUCAAGCUUGUGAAGGUGGAAUUGAAGAAGCACCAAGUUGAGACGCAGUCCUUUGACAAUGAUUUGAAGACAUUUGAGGAGGAGACGCAGAAUAUUUUUCAAGUGAAAGCCAGCUUGCUGGCUGAUGAUUACCGCUCAAAAGUGCAGGAUGCAUUGAAAGGCUUGCAAUCUCAGCUUGAAAGCUUCGACAGCCAGAUGAGCCACGUGCGAGGCGCCGUGCAAUCAAGCCGUGACCAGUUGCAGGAGAUGGCUGCGGCAGCCCUAAAGAGUCAGUACAGCCAAGAUCUUGACCGUAUCUCAGUAGAUCUCGCAGCUUAUGAGGAGUUUCUGGAGAAGAGCCAGGUCGCCUCCGAGGAGAUGAAGGAGGACUUGCAAGAGACACGCAAAGUGCUGCAGGAGAAGGAGGGGCGGAUUAUUGACUUCAUGAAGCAGAACAAGAAUGACCAGUUCGACGCAGGCAGAUUGUUGGCACGGACCCAAAAACAGCGUGAGAAAGCCCACUCUUUGGCCAAGGAAAUGAAGAUGGAGGCAGAACUCAAGUCUUGGGAAUUUGUGCCGACACCUUCUGAGCACAAGCCUUUGUCAGAGUGCUGCAUUUGCUUCAAGGAGAAUGGCCCCAGCUUCACGCUAUUUUGCGGCCAUGCCAUCUUUUGCGCUGGGUGCUUGGCUGGGCAUGUGAAAGCAAAGGCAGAUCAAAACCUUCCUGCUUUCUGUCCGGCUGAAGGGUGCAGCCAUGAGCUUCUGCAAGAUGAAGUUGACUCUUUUUGCGCAAUGGCAGGGCAGCAGGAGGUGGCUCGUCUUUAUCAGAAGCGCUGCACUCAACGUCGUAUUGAGCCAAGGGAUUCCAAAGUGGCUUGCCCCCAAGGGUGUGGAAAUCUUGCUUGCAGCAGGUUGGAUGAGCGCAGCGCAAGCUGCGAGAAGUGCAAGAUCUUGUUUUGCACGCAGUGUGAUUCAAGAAGCCAUCCUGAGCAGCCAGACUGCGUCCUCUUCCUGGAGCAGCAGCUCAAAGAAGCAAAAGAGAGUGAGCGUCGUGACAUGGAACAAAGGCUGCAAACCAUGAAGAAGCUCCAUGAGGAGGGCAAUGUGCGAGUGUGUCCAAAGUGCAAUUACCCGUACCAGAAGAUAAGCGGAUGUGAUCAUAUAGUUUGUGGGAAAUGCCAGUCUUCCUUCCAUUUUGACAGCACGGAUGCCCGUCAACAAGGAAAUGAUCAUGUCCAAGAGGAAGAGCAGGUUUUGACGCACCAGCUCAGCAGUCACUCGUUGGGCUCUGCUUCAACUUCGAACAGCAUCCAAUGGCAAGGCUGGAUGAAAUCGCCGUAAUUUGAGACCAUCUAUUUGAAACAGCGCUGCUACAGGCUUAUUGCACGAUGCGCAAUGACAAUGCGGGGAUCUGAAUGUGCUACUUGCUGAUAGCGUUAGCACACUUCCGACAGAUGGAUUGCCGCUUUGUUGAGCAU